AAAUGGCGGCGGCAGCGGCGGGAGCGGGCGCGGCACUCCGCGGCGGAGCGGCUCCUGGGAACCCCGGCACCGGGGCUGUGCAACAGGGACUCAAAGAGGCGCUCUUCGAGGCGCUCAGCUCCAUCCUGUCCCCCGUGCAGGAAGUACGGGCCGCUGGCGAGGAACAGAUUAAAGUCCUGGAGGUGACAGAGGAGUUCGGUGUUCACUUGGCUGAGUUGACAGUGGAUCCACAAGGUGUUCUAGCUAUUCGACAGCUGGCAUCUGUAAUUCUCAAGCAAUACGUGGAGAAUCACUGGUGUAGUCAAUCUGAGAAAUUCCACCCACCAGAGACGACUGAGAGGGCAAAGGUGGCCAUCAGAGAGCUUUUACCAAAUGGUCUGCGAGAGUCGAUCAGUAAAGUGCGUUCGAGUGUAGCUUAUGCUAUAUCGGCAAUCGCUUACUGGGAUUGGCCUGAGGCAUGGCCAGAGCUCUUCCGAUUAUUGAUGGAGAUGCUGAUUAGUGGCGAUGUGAAUGCAGUGCAUGGGGCUAUGCGGGUGCUCACAGAAUUCACCCGAGAAGUGACAGAUACACAGAUGCCACUUGUGGCUCCUGUAAUUUUGCCAGAAAUGUAUAAAAUUUUUACAAUGGCUGAGGUUUAUAGUAUUCGAACUAGAGCACGUGCAGUUGAGAUCUUCACCACAUGCGCCAACCUUAUCUGUGCGAUUGAAGAGGUUGAGAAGGGUGCGGCCAAGGCAUUGAUCUUUCCUGUGGUACAGCAGUUCACAGAGGCAUUUGUACAAGCCUUGCAAAUGCCUGAUGGCCCAAGCUCAGAUAGUGGGCUAAAGAUGGAAGUUCUGAAGGCAGUGACAGCACUGGUGAAGAAUUUUCCAAAGCACAUGGUUUCGUCAAUGCAGCAGAUUUUGCCAAUUGUGUGGAGUACGCUAACUGAGAGUGCAACUGUUUAUGUGAGGACAGAAGUGAACUACAUGGAAGAGGUGGAUGAUCCAGUGGAUUCUGAUGGUGAGGUGUUGGGGUUUGAGAACUUGGUGUUCAAUAUUUUUGAAUUUGUGCACACGUUACUGGAGAACAGGAAGUUUAAGAGCACAGUAAAGAAGGCCCUACCUGAGCUGAUCUACUACAUCAUCCUGUACAUGCAGAUCACUGAGGAGCAGAUUAAGAUUUGGACGGGAAAUCCUCAUCAGUUUGUAGAGGACGAGGAUGAUGACACCUUCUCGUAUUCUGUGCGGAUCUCUGCCCAGGAUCUCCUGCUGGCUGUUGCAAGUGAUUUCCAGAGUGAGAGUGCCAUUGCCUUAGCAGCAGCUGCAACCAAACACCUGCAGGAAGCAGAACAGGCCAAGAGUGAUGGAAAUGUGCAUUGGUGGAAGAUUCAUGAGGCUUGUAUGUUGGCUCUCGGCUCUGUGAAGAAUAUAAUCACUGAGAGUGUGAAGAAUGGACGGAUACAAUUUGACAUGCAUGGAUUCCUCACCAAUGUGGUCCUUGUUGAUCUCAACCUAUCGGUCUCUCCAUUCCUAUUAGGCCGUGCCCUCUGGGCUGCCAGCCGCUUUGCCACUGUAAUGACUCCUGAAUUGAUUCAGCAGUUUCUACAAGCAACUGUCAGUGGUUUGCAUGAAACACAGCCACCAUCAGUGCGAAUCUCUGCUGUGCGAGCCAUCUGGGGAUACUGUGACCAGUUGAAACUCUCUGAGUGUACACAUGUUUUACAGCCGUUCCUUCCCAGCAUCCUGGAUGGUUUGAUGCAUCUUGCCACACAGUUCAGUUCUGAGGUGCUGACCCUGGUCAUGGAGACAUUAUGUGUUGUUUGCACUGUGGAUCCUACCUUCACUAUUAGUGUCGAAAAUAAAGUCUGCCCCCUUACCAUUGCAAUCUUCCUCAAAUAUAGCAACGAUCCAGUUGUGGCAUCGUUGGCACAGGACAUCUUCAAGGAGCUUGCUCAAAUUGAGGCCUGUCAGGGCCCCAUGCAGAUGAGGUUAAUUCCAACUCUUAUUAGCAUAAUGCAUGCGCCACCUGAUAAAAUCCCCUCUGGUCUGUGUGCGACUGCCAUUGACAUACUGACAACAGUAGUGAGAAACACCAAGCUGCCACUGUCAGAGGUGCUGAUCUGUCAGGCAUUUCCUGUUGUUGCUCAGUGUACGCUGCACACGGAUGACAAUGCAACAAUGCAGAAUGGUGGUGAGUGUCUGCGAGCUUAUGUUGCUGUAGCAUUGGAGCAAAUAGCACAAUGGCAUGAUGACCAAGGUCACAAUGGGCUCUGGUACGUCAUGCAAGUGGUGAGCCAGCUUCUUGACCCCCGAACCUCUGAAUACACAGCAGCAUUUGUCGGGCGAUUGGUUUCUACACUCAUCUCAAAGGCUGGCUCACAGUUAGGAGACAACCUUGAUCAGAUUCUGCGAGCAAUCCUCAGCAAAAUGCAGCAAGCAGAAACGCUCAGUGUAAUGCAGUCUCUGAUAAUGGUGUUUGCACACCUCGUUCACAAUCAACUGGAGCCUCUGCUUGAGUUUCUGUGCAGUCUGCCUGGACCCACCGGGAAACCUGCUCUAGAAUUUGUUAUGUCUGAGUGGACGAGUCGGCAGCCUCUCUUCUAUGGGCAAUAUGAGGGAAAAGUCAGCACCGUAGCAAUGUGUAAACUCUUACAACAUGGCAUAAACACAGACGACAAGAGGCUACGGGAUAUCAUGGUGAAAGGAGAAGAAAUAUUCAAUGCCGAUGAGGGAAUACGCACUCGCUCCAAGGCUGCGAAAAAUCCAGAACGUUGGACCAACAUUCCCCUUCUUGUAAAACUCUUCAAGCUGGUGAUUGGUGAGCUAUCCAGUGUCAUGGAGGCAAACAUCUCGCGGCAAUCUACAGCAGAUUGGCAUCAAGAUGAAGUCAAUGACAUGUGGGAGGACCAGGAUGAUGAUGAUGAAGAGGAUGAUGAGGGUUUAGCAGGACAGCUGUUAUCAGAUCUACUCAGUCCAGGAGCAGGUGUUCGAUACGAUGAUGAUUAUUACGACGAGGAUGUUGAAGAUGAUCCAGACACUCUGAAAGAUCCAUUAUAUCAAGUUGAUUUACAGGCAUAUCUAACAGAUUACCUCCGUCAGUUUGCCCAGCAGCCCUGCUACACACCAUUUUCUAAUCACCUCAAUGAGAAAGAGAAGAGAGUUUUACGCUCGAUAGGUAUUUAAAAUCACCUGGAAGAGACCUGGAUUCCUCCACAUUUACUAAGUCAUUAAUUGACACUUGAGGUCAGUUAUUGUUAAUACUGUUCCCUCUGUGCCAGCUGCUCAUUUUAGAGGGAAAGAUUUCAUUGUCACCCCUUUUCAUCAUGACUCCAACAGAAUUGCUGCGGAGGCCUGACCUGAGGAUUCACGGUUUCAUUAUAGAAAGUAAACAUCUUGAAGCUUCUGCAGCUGGUGCUGUUAGGGCCUGGAGGAAGCCUGGAGUGAAGCAUAUUCCCUCAUGAGGCAGUAUUGACAUUUUGGAAUAUGCAAAGGAGCAGCUUUGGUUAAACUCUAUUUUUGCUACAGAACACAAACAUUAAGUUACAUGAUGCACUUAAAUGAAUGAAGAUGGAAGAUUUGUGAAACAUUUUGUUUUGCAUUUGUUCUGGUAAUUUGGUCUGAACAGUUCCUACUGAAAGUCGCUCCCUCACUAGAAGAAUAAAUAUUAACAGAGCCAGAUUCUGAGGAGGUGACAAUCUGGUUAAGCUCUUUAGGAUAAGCUUUGCUAUGUCUGGGACAUUUAUCUCCAACUGGGACACUGUUUCCAUUCAAGAAAGAGAAACAAAAUAAACUACAGUGAAGCGA